CACUGUUACUGGAGCAGUUGGCAAUGUACUGCAAGUUUUUUUUUUUUUACCUCUAGCUAAAUGCCCAGACAUGUAGCUUGAUUUUUUGUAGCGGAUCCGCAUUGUUAACUGGGUAGGUGAACAUCAAGAGAGAUAGAGCCGUAUCCAUGCACUAACUUGUUGGAAAAUGAUCAUCUGUACGAAAAAAAUGGAUUACCCCCUCGGAACCCAAUGUCAGCGCGUCCAGAACCAGGUGAUGAAGGUGAACGCCGAGAAGGAGCGGGCGUCGCUGCGGUGCAUGAAGGCUCUGGCCAGCAGGGGGUGUGUGGACGCCGUGUCCCAGCAAAUGGCCUCUCACCCCCAGUACCUGGAGAGCUUCCUCCGUACCCAGCACUACAUCCUCCACAUGGACGGCCCCCUGCCCCUGCAGUACCGCCACUACAUCGCCAUCAUGGCUGCAGCACGGCAUCACUGUGGCUAUCUGGUGUCUCUGCACUCUGCCCAUUUCCUCAGGGUGGGGGGCGACCCGCUGUGGCUACAGGGGCUGGAGGCCGUCCCUCCUCGCCUACAACACCUUGACCAACUCAAUAAGGUUCUUGCCCACCAACCCUGGCUCACCGCCCACUCACACAUACAGGCGUUGCUGAAGACAGGAGAGCAGUGCUGGUCUCUGGCUGAGCUGGUUCAGGCUGUAGUGCUCCUGGCCCACUGCCACUCCCUCUGUAGCUUUGUUUUUGGCUCGGGCACUGACACCGACCCCGUCCCCCUUCCCAGAGCCCCCAACGGCACCCCCCCGGGCUACUGCCUCUGUGACGCUGCCAACGGCAACGUUAGCGUGCCGCAGCCUCUCACCUCACCCUCAGAACACACAACACGACGACGGUCUCUGGACUCCAGUUGUGAGAUGGUGUGUUUGAAAGAGAGGAUCCAGAAAUCCCAGGAGGAGAAAGAGAGGAGGGGGGAGCAUCUUUUACACACCCAGACACUGCAGCACACAGAUGUGGAAGAUGAGGAGGAGAUGACCUACUCUGCAGACCCCUCUCGUUUCAUAACAGACCCUGAGUUUGGCUACCAGGAGUUUGCCCGUAGAGAGGAAGACCACUUCCAAGUGUUCCGGGUGCAGGACUACUCCUGGGAGGACCACGGCUUCUCCCUGGUCAACCGGCUGUACUCGGACAUCGGGCACCUGCUGGACGACCGUUUCCGCAGCGUCACGGCCCUCCCCUCGUCCCACGGGCCUGACCUGAAGAGAGCCACCUGGAACUACAUCCAUUGCAUGUUGGGGAUUAGGUACGACGAUUAUGACUAUGGGGAGGUAAACCAGUUGCUGGAGAAGGAGCUGAAGCUUUAUAUCAAGUCUGUGGCCUGCUACCCUGAUGCCACCAAGACCCCGCUGUGUCCCCUGCCCUGGGCACCACUCAAACCUUCUGAGAGGAUCCAUGUGAACUUGCUUAUAAUGGAGGCUCGGUUACAGGCUGAGCUUCUGUAUGCUCUGAGAGCCAUCACCCAGUAUAUGAUAGCUUAGGUCAGUUGGUGAGAGGGAGAGGCACAAAGUUACAAUCGCCAACAGUACAGAAAGACCCAGUUAGGAGGCCUCAGGGUUGGGAACCUCUUUACAGCAGGCAGGGAUAUGGGGAAGAGACUGGCAAUUAUGAGGGAGAAAGAGCAGCAUGCAAUGCAGCCAUAUCCUGCAAAUGUGCGACUCUGUCCUAUUUCGCAGUUAAAAACUAGGGAAAUAUAUAUAAUGCAAUCCUUUAAGCUCUAUUUGCGUGAUAUGCACACUGCAGUGGAAAGCUCUUUGCCAAAGUCGACACAAUCCCUCUCUUCCCCUCUCUCUGCCUUCUCAUUUUCCAGUCUGCGAGGUUGGUCUGUCCACUUCAUUCGAUGUAUUUUCCUCUUAUCAAACAUAUCUGCUCUUGAUGGUUAAUGUGCAAUUAUAUUACUAUUAUAAUAGAUAUUCAUUAUUUUCAUUUUUAGUAAUGUAUUGUUUAGCUAUGUCUCGAUUCUGAUGACUGUGAUGAUGAAAGCAGAUGGUUGGUUCUGCAGUGUAGCAAGGAGAUGUGUACCCAUGGCCAACACAAUACCCUCUUUCUUGGUUUGGGAUUAUUUUUGUCUUUUCAACAUUGCAUUUGUUCAAAACCAAUUGUUUAUCCUUUUUUUAUUGGAUUGAGUGAAUGUUUUGGUGAGAUAUUGCCAUAGUUUGUCUUGUUACAGUCCUUGUUGGUGUAGGUAGGUGGUAAAGGUGAUGGACAAUUGUUCAUCGUAGCUCCCUUAACGUUUCACAUUUUUACUGAAGGUUCAAGAACAAAACCCAAACACUGCAAGAUGAUAUCAAACAACUAUAGUUCCUUUUUUUAAAAGCACUUUUUAGAUAUAUAGAUAUAUAUUGUAGGUAGCGCAGAGAUGGAGAUCCAUGUUGGUCUGUCUUUUCUUUCCACUGUAUGGUGUCUAAUAGAAAUUAUACACUGGGCGGUUCGAGCCCUAAAAUGCUGAUUGGCUGACAGCCGUGGUAUAUCAGGCCAUCUACCACAGGUAUGACAAUACAUUUAUUUUCACUGCUCUGAUCACCUUGGUAACCAGCUUAUAAUAGCAAUAACAACAGCCCUUAGCCAUGGUAUAUUGGCCAUAUACCACAUCCCCUUGGGCCUCAUUGCUUAAUGAUCCUGAGGCUGCUUCUUGGGUCCCUCUGUGUUCCGAUCAGCUGAUCUCCACUCCUAGUGACCCUGUAACCCUAGUCGUCUUGUGUAUGUGGAGUAGUGCAGGGUCUCACAUGGUCCUGACAGGCCGUGGCCCCAGAUCUGAAGGAGAUCAGAACUCACUUCAGUAUCUUCGAUAAAUCUGCAAUCACUACGGUUAUUUAAAAAAUAUAUUUUAACUUUAAGAAACGCAAAGAGUUGGCCAAAGUAAUGUUUUGUAGAGUGAAAAAUAAGCUCAGCCAUAUGAAUGUCAAUUUUUAUAUUGAUGUGCUCUGGCAUAGAUCAAAUGAAGGAAUCUCCAUUUCAAAGAACCAUCCCUAAAACUGCAUUGAUGCAUUUAAGUGGUUGUUGAAGGUCUGUAGAACUCUGAACUGGAAUAUUGCAACAUAAAAGUCCCUGCAAGUGACCUGCAUUGAGUUUGAAUUGAUGUUAAGCAUACUCUACUAUGCUACAGAAGAUGUAGACUAAGGAUAAAAUGUCAUCAAUGGUCUGUGUACGAUCUUAUGCAUGUGAAAAGUAGGUCUGUCUUUUUCAAUUAUUUAUUUGGCAAGCUUUAUGACCUAAAAGAAAAAUGCUGAUUCAUGGUACAAUUUGCAGAACAGCGUGGGUAGGUACUGCAAACUAGAUUUUUAAAAUGCAAUUAUAUCAUUUUUUUUGUUUUACACUUUUUUUUGUCAACUUUGCAUUACAGUACUAUAAUUGUUGAGUUCUUGAUGUUGCUUCUGGGUUCGCUGCUAUAUCCUGCCUGUUGCGCUGCAUCCUGAAUAUUUUAGAGGCAGCAGGGUGGAAGACCCUUUUCAAUAGGCUCGACCGUUUUGAAACGACAGGAGAGAAGAAGAAGAAAAUGCAUAUCAACAGAAGUGCUUUUUAGUGCAGGUGCCUUUAGGCCAAACUGGACUGGUGCUUGAGUGGGCAGACAUGACUACUCUGGGCUAAGUGAGGGCCUUGCUAGAGCAGACUGCCCCGAUGGCUCCUCAGGAACUGUGGAACUGUUCUGUGGCCCAUAUAGAACGGCCAGUGCCAUAACCACUGGACACAAGUAUGCACAGUGGCUCGUCUGCUACCCACCUUUUUGCGGGAAAAUGCAUUGAAAUGAGUUGACGUAGAUGUACUGUAGCGCAAAAGAGCACUACAGUCCUCAUUGGCUGCUCGUCAACACCUCUAUGACAUCGUUAUGGCUCCAAAUGCAGGAGCGAAAGAGUCUGUUCCUGUCUGAAGCUUCCGACCACCAGGCCAAGGAACCAAAACGAUAAGAGCCACUGACACAGAGAUGGAUGUUACAGUUGUUCAAUAUUUACCACGUAAAUGAAUGGACAAUAAAAUAAACAAAAAAAAAGUGAAACAUAAGUUAAAAAAACAAAAAAAACUGUUUUUGGAAAUGUGAAGACUUAUUUUUUCUAUAAAGAUGUUCUAUCAAGCGA